UCUUGGAGAUGCGGCUGCUGCACAAAACGACUGUUGUUGUCAUCGCCAUCCUCGGCGGAUUUUUGCUGAUGGUAUCAUCAGAAACCGAGGACAGGAAAUAUCCGAUCGUUGAGGACAUCAAUCAUCGAAAUGAGGACAACAUCAGCAACAACAGCAAUAGCAGUAGUUCUGUUGAAUUUCCCUGUGACCGGUGCGUUGGAAAACUUGAAAUUGAGGUCACCGCACAUCAGGCUAAAGUAACCGAGAACGUGAUAAUAAAAAUGGAUGCUGCUGAAUUGAAGAUGUUUUCCAAUCCCAAAUGGACAAACAUCACUACCGCCAUUCUUCCAAUGAGAACAACAACAUCAACAACAGCUGACAUGCCAUCUGAAAAAUUACUGUCUGGAGUAACUUCUAGAAAACAAAAUGAUUUUUUAUUUAUAAAUCCAAAGCCAUGGAGUUGGAUAAUUCCUUCGGAAGUAGAGCAAGACAACAGAGUUAAACGGAAUGAUAGAAACUUGAAACAAGAGUUUCCGAGGGCGGAAAACCUUACUCAGACAAUACCGGACACUAAACCCCAAGUUGAUGAGUCGGUAGAAAUUGCAUCAGACACAUUGAUUCCUGUGGCAUUUCGGGCUACUGAAACGAUCCGACCUGAUGGCAACGAUGAGAUUUCGGAUCCAAAUAAAAAACAGCCUAGAUCUCAGAACCAAUUAGUUGAUUUAGAUGAACCGAGUUCGAGAAAACCCAAACCCAUGUUCACGGCAGCAGUCCAAGUGCAAAGUGCCAAACAGAUAUUUCCCAGCACUUUAGACACUCGAAACUCAACGGUCGUUUCAAGCCACUCAGAAAUCGAGCAGUUGGCAGAGGCCACCCUUGAAACGCCAUUGAUCGUUGAACCCCAAGUAUUGGGCGCAAGUAUGUGGCUUUCCAAGAACGCUUCUUAUCAACAAGAAGAUGAUAAACCACCUUACUUGAAGAAAGAUCAUUCCAAGCCCUCCAUCAAUUUAGUUGAUGGUAAACCCAGCAAAGUAUUCUAUGAAAUAAAACCCUCGUUGAACACUGCCAUGGAUGAUGACGACAUCGCCAGAACCCCUGCGCCAGUUAUCACAUCAACAAAACGUAGCUUUCUGUCUGGGUUCAAAAUUCCAAGCAUUCCCAGCUCUUUCGGCAAAUACGGACCAUACUUUCUGGACGACGUCGAUGAACGCAACAUCACAGAACGUAUUGGCAGCACCGUCUUACUGGACUGCCGCAUCGGUCUUCUGGGUGAUAAAAAGGUGACCUGGUUGCAACAUGAUAAAGAUUCAAUUCGGCUUCUAACCGUAGGCAAUGUGCAGUACAGCGCAGAUGAAAGGAUCAGCUUAAAAUUCCAGUAUCCGGACAACUGGAGAUUACAGAUCGCAUAUGCAACACUUCGGGAUAAUGGGCUCUACAAGUGCCAGGUGGAAAUUGAUCCAGCACACUCACUUGUAAAAAGAUACAACGUUAUCAUCACAGCGCCAGUCCUCAAUAUAACCGACGAUUCAGGACGAGCGAUAUCUGGCGAGAGACACCUUAAAGCCGGCAGUGCUUUGAGGUUGAGGUGCGAGGGCCGCGAUAUCCUCGAAAGACUCAACGAAUCCUUGCUGUGGACUAGAGGGGACGAAACUCUUACAUCCAAUGUCAGUGAAAAUAGAACAACUGAAAUAGCGGAUGACAAGGAAAUUUCAGUGAUCGUAAGUUCUCUUACAAUCGAGAAAGCGAGUCCGCGUCACGCUGGAAAUUACAGUUGUAUUGUCCCAGAACGAGCCAAGACCACCAUAGCUGUGCACGUUCUCAAUGGUGAACUUCCGGCUGCUGUACACGGCAGCGGUGUGUCACGAGCUGUCUUCAAUAUUUGGCUAAUCCACUUGACCAUUAGCUCCGGAUUUUUUAGAUGACACUAAGGAUGGAAAUAUUUAAAGAUAAAUAAAACUCCCAUGCAGCUUGUUCCAGUUUUAAAAUAUAAAUUAUUAUAUGGACUCAAAUUUAUAUAGAUACGUGUAUUGAAUAGAAAUCCAAAAGAAUGCGAAGAAUAAAAAUCUAUCAAAAGUCGAAAAUAAAAAAACCAAGAAAAUAAAAAAAGGAAACAUGAAGAAGAAGACGAAGAAGUAUGAAUGAAAAAUAUAUGUAAAAAGGAAAACAGAUCGCCGAUGCCAUGCUGAAAUAAUUUAUUACCAAUAUAUAUUCUUUAUCUGAUAAAGGAUAAAGCAUUUUUCACAAGCGGAAGCUAGUAUCCGUCUUAAAUUUUUACCAAGCUGUGAAUCACUUUUCUCUCACCCUAAACCUCCAUGACUACAUUUUUCCUCAGCUUUAAAACCUUAUAAAAAUUUUUUAUAAAAUAGCUUAAAUUAAAAUCUAAAGCUUCGGAAAAUCGCACUCAGUAUCAAUAAAAUAAAUCUUUAGUAAAAAAACGAACCAUCGAAAUUUAUCUUGUAGUAUAAUCGGUAUACAUUUGACUGGAAAAAUUACCUAAGCAAUAAUUUGCAUAUAUAUCAUGAAUAAAAAAUACAAAAGUAUUAAAAAAAUCGGGUGUAAAUUAUUAGAGAUGAAAAAGUAAAUCUUGAAGCCUUGGUAAAUUUGAAGCUAAAUUAAAGUUUGAUCUUUAUCGGUGGAUUAUUUAUAGUGUUAUUAUUCACCCAGUAAUUGAGAGUACAGAUGGUAUGAAAAAAAUAAGAACAAAGAAAGCGAAGAAGUUAAAAAAAAAUAAAUUUAUAUAUAAAAGCCUAUUUUCUGUGGCCAUCUGCUACCAGUGGUCUUGUAUCACCCGAUUCCAUUUAAAUGCACAAAAUCGGCUCGACUUAAUAAUAGAGCUACAGUAUAACCUAACGCCGUCACACUAAUGGUCCAGGUUUAGCGGUUGAUUGGCAUUCACUGCAGAGCCAUUACCUUCAAUCUCUUACUCAUUUUUAAUUUCUCCGAGCCUCUA